CACUCUGAUUUCACCAUACAUUCAUUCCUUCAUUCCCGAAUUCACUCUCUUUUCUUUCUCUUCUCCGAUUCGAUUCUACCGAAAACCCUAAAACCAAUCAGCGAUGGCACCAACGAAAGGCGAGAAGAGGCCCGCGGCGGAGAAGAAGCCCGUAGCGGAGAAGUCGGCGAAGGUGGAGAAGAAGAUCGCGAAGGAAGGAGGCAGUGACAAGAAGAAGAAGAAAAUGAAGAAGAGCAUGGAGACUUACAAGAUAUACCUAUUCAAGGUCCUGAAGCAGGUUCACCCCGACAUUGGGAUAUCCGGCAAGGCAAUGGGGAUCAUGAACAGUUUCAUCAACGACAUUUUCGAGAAGCUUGCUCAGGAAUCGUCUCGUCUUGCUAGGUACAACAAGAAGCCCACCAUUACCUCUCGGGAGAUCCAGACCGCCGUUCGAUUGGUUCUUCCAGGCGAGUUGGCCAAGCACGCCGUCUCCGAGGGCACCAAGGCCGUCACCAAGUUCACCAGCUCUUGAUUGAUUUUUCUUCUUUCGUUUUGGGGAUCUUGAUUAUGAUGAUGAUGAUGAUGAUGUUUUGGAUUGAUUGUUUAUAAAUUGAGUGGUAUUAAUGAAUGAGAUUAUCAGAUUUAUGGUUCA